CGCACGACAGAGAGAGAGGGAGAGCGCCAUCCCGAGAGAUGAGCAGCGGUGGCAGCAUGUCGCCGGCGAUGGCGAGGUCCAGCGGUGGCAGCAUGUCCCCGGCGAUGGCGUGGUCACCGUCAUCCAGGAGGCGGGAGCACAGGAACGGCGGCGGCCGCUUCAGGGCGGAGAUCGAGAUGGACACGGGCGUCGCCCUUCCCAGGCCGGUCAUCCUUCCUCUCGAUUCUUUCCUCCUUCUUGGUUCCGUCCUCCAACGUUUCUCUCCAUCUUGCUCUGUUUCUUCCGCGCGCCGAUGCUUGCUGAGCUCGCCUCCGUUCUCGCGGUCGCCGCCCGCCAUUGUUGCACCUCUCUGCCCUGCUCUGUUCAUUCAAGGAUUACUCGCUUUAUUCGCAAAAAAAAAAAAGGAUUGCUCGCUUUCUUGCUCGACGUAUCUCUGUUUCGGACCUGGUUAAUUGAUUCUUGGUGUUUGGUUCGUGACUCGAAAUGCAGGGGCCCGGAGCUUGGGUUCGCCGCCGCCGUGCGAGAGCCGCUGGUGAGGCUGCAGCGCCCCAAGUACGACUUCGAGAGGUGGGACUGGGGCUACUUCGCAUGGCCGCACGACCGUCUCGACGCCAAUAUGGAGAUGAGGGACAGCGAUCCGAGGGCGACAUUCGAGGCGGACUCCAAGGUGACAGAGAGCUUCCUGAGCCGGAGCACACUGCAGGUAGAGGCCGGCGAAGGCUUCCCGAGCCAGAGCUCGCCGCAGCUAGAGGCGAGCGAUGGCGGCUUCGCGAUCCAGAGCACGCUGCAGCUAGAGGCCGGCCAAGGCUUCCCGAGUCAGAGCACGCUGGAGCUACAGACCGGCCAGUGCUGCCUGUGUCAGAGCAGGCUGCAGCUGGAGGCCGGCCAGUGCUUCCUGUGUCAGAGCACGCCGAAGCUGGAGUCGGGCCACGGACAGGGCUUCCCGUGUCAGAGCACGCUGGAGCUGGAGGCCGCCGAGGGCUUCCUAAUAAGCCAGAGCUGGCCGCAGCCGGAGGCGAGCGACGGCUUCCCGAGCCAGAGCACGCUGCAGCUCGAGGCCGGCGAAGGCUCCCCAAGCGGCCGGAGCAUGCUGCCGGUAGAGUUCGACGACGACACGCCCCUCGGACGCUACGCGCCGUGGCGUCGGGGAUGCGCGGAGUCCAGCCCGUUCCUGCUCGACCAUUGCAUGGCACCGCAAGGUCGCUGGGCAUACUAGGAGCAGGAGCGAGCCACACCAUGACCAUAUCCCCCCUUGUCUGCAGCACACUGAGACAGAAAUAGAUCGCCAUGAAAGAUCGGACGACGAUCUGCCAACAUAAUCCCCAAAUCUGAAGAUUUUGGGUACGGGGUCUUGACAACAGGGGAGCUAAGCCAGGAGAAGCAGAAGGUCGUUGACGGGACGAUGGCGUCUGUUGAUUCGUAGGUUGAGACUUGAGAGGCUGAUGCGUCUGGCAUCAGUUUGCUGAUCGGGAUAUAGCAGGAGGGAGAAUUGAUUUUAACCCCUCCAGUUCGCUUGCCUUGAAUCAUAAACCCCUUUCUUCGUUGGCCUCCCUCUGAACCCCCCCUUUUCUGUCUAGCUCUUGCUGAUUGCCCCCCUGGCGUGGUUAUCUGCUCAAUUAGCUCAUAAAUGAAAGAAAUCUAGUCUUAUUAUAUUCCGAUUUGACUAAUAUGCCCUCAUGUAGUUUCCUCAACAUGCGAGAAACAGAGGAGGGCUGGCUCGUUCGUUUCAAUUCCCGCUUCUCUCCUUGUCCGACCUAGCCGCCAGAGCCACU